GCGCAUGCCCGCAUAGGUUGUAGCCUGUGUUUAUUGUGAUGAGGCUCUGGUACGAGCUGUCAACAUUACGGUGAUGCUCGCGUUUAUGGCGGAGGGAUGUCCAGGAAGAUAAGAUUUACUGUGCUCAGUUCUUCCAGUCAUGAGGACAACUUCAGUGCACAGGAGCUCAUGGUCCAUGCACCCACUGUCAGUGGUUGGAGAUCCAGCAGGUUGUGUAGCUACCCUCAGCACAUCACCCUGCAGCUGGCGGAAAGAUGUCGAGUGAAGAAGCUGCAGCUGCUGGCCCACCAUUACCUCAUCCCAGCAAAGGUGGAGUUCCACAUAGGAGACACUCCUCCUGAUCCCACCACAUCAGUGUUCAUUGAUCAGCUUCGCAGGCUUGGUUACGUGUCUCUGUCGGACAACGAGAAGACCGGUUUCAGAGCUCGGGAGCUGAAGUCCGUCCACGUAGACGCCGUCGGAACAUACCUGAGGAUAACAUUCCACAAGCAUUAUGCUAACCGUCACAAUCAUUACAAUCAGGUUGCUUUGGUGGCCUUUAAUGUGCUGGGUGAUCCCCUUGAUGGCAGCGCUUUUCACACCAUUCCAAGCAGAGAACAGCUGAUCGAACACUACCUCAACGGCACGCAGCUGGAAGCCGCUUUGGAUGCGACCCUCACGGGAAAAUACGAUUCCACAUCCCCCUUGGAUGACCUAGCUUUUGACAUGUACCAGGACCCUGAAGUGGCCCGUAUCAUCCGCCAGCUGCAUAAAAAAAAGCAGGAUAUGGUUCACCAGGAGAGAUUCGAGCACGCCAAGUAUCUGAAGCAGGCUAUAGCCGAUCUUCAAAAGGCUGGGGAGCAUUUGGCAAGGUUUGAUGUGGAAACGCAAAGUGCGAUGGAAAAGAAGGAAUAUGACCUUGCUGAGAAAAAGAAAGAUGAAAUGGAUGAAUACCGGAGGAGUGUCUACCAGCAGCUGGAGGUUCACAACGUGUUGGAUAUGGGAAUGAUCACAAGUGCAUCUGAAUUAUGUCCAUCCCAGGAGGUUCGAUCACCUCUUUGCUCCCACCCCUCACUCCCCGCCAAAACCUUUGACACAAAAAGGAAAGAGAAAGCUUUUUCCAAAACUCCACAGAGCCAUCUGUUAGACUCUGAUGCACAUUUACCUAAACAGAGCAACUCACCUGACACACCAUGCGCCUCAUCUGCACUCCCAAAAAAUGAUUUUAGCAGUGUGUCUCAUGACGAGAGGCUGCCAACCGCCUCCAGAAAGGAUCAGGCAGCGGCGGCCACCCAGAGCCCUGCAAUGGAACACUCUUUCCUACUUGACACCCAAAGUAGCCUACUUAGCCCUGAGGUGGGUGGAGAACCAGAGCCCCUAUCGGAAAAGGUUCAGAGAGAGGCUGGCCAUUCAAUAGAGGUCUAUGGCGAGAGUCUGGUGGCAAGUGCGUAUUCUAAAUCCUGGUCAAAUAGAGAGGCUGCACUCCUGGCAGUGCACAAGAAGCUUUUGGAGGUACCCUCCACGACUCCCAAAGAUGAGCUGAGAAACAUGAUAAGAGCUGCAGUCUUCUUGGUCAAAAGGGCUCUCCUGGAGAAAGUUUCACCUGUUUUCCAAGCCUCCUUGAAGUUGCUGUUCUUCAUGUUGAGCCAGCUGAUCCCAGGUCUGGGCCGGGUUGAGGUUACCUACUGUUUGGAGAACACGUGGCCCAACCUGCUGGCCAGGACUGGAAACUCGACCAACCGUCUGCGCAUUACUGCCAUGGCCUGCAUCCAGGAAAUUGCUGUCCUGAAGGAUGUUCGGGUUUUGCAGUUUAUCCCACUUGAGCUGGUGAAGCCUUUCAAAUCCAACUUCCCCAUCCGCCUGGCUCAGAGUCGAGCUGAGAUGCUCGAAAGUCUCCUGGAGGAGCUGGGCACAGAGAACUCUGGAUUCACCCUGGAGAAUGUAAUGAUGUUUUGUACCGCAGCGCUGGAGCACGGUGCGUCCGCGGUUCGAGAGGUGGCACUGCGCAUCAUCAUGUCCAUGUACAAGCAGCACAGUUCGGCUGUCCUCAGCUACCUUCCAACGCGUAAUGCUUCUCGCAACAACUUCCUUUACAAAACCUUAUUUGAUGGCUUUUCCAAGGUCGACGGACAAAUGGUGGCGACUCAGGGCGGUGGUCCAAGGGAUGGGCAGGGGGAGAAGGAGGAGGGGAUCCACUCUCUGCAAAAGCAGCUGCCUGCCAUGAAGGAGUUAACAGAGAGGGACAGUAAAAGUACCAAAGGACAAAUGGCCAAGAAAGAAGUUCCUAAAGUUGGGAGAGGGUCUCAAAAGGCUGGUAAACAAAUUCUCAAAUUGCCUCCGAACAAGACAACACGCACAGUAGAGGUCCACCAAUCUGUCACAUAUCUGGAUAACUUGUGUAUAUUCUGCGGUAAAACCGAUGAUUCUUUCACCGACGAUGGAUUAGACCUUCACUAUUGGAAGCACUGUCCAAUGCUGAGACGCUGUGAUGAAUGCAGACAGGUAGUGGAGAUCGCGGGCUUUACAGAGCACCUACUAAAUGAAUGUGAAAGUAGAGCCAAGUUCAGCCAGUGCCAGCGCUGUUCAGAGGCAGUGGCCACUGAAGAUCUGACUAGACACGUCCAGGGUACCACUUGCAAACCCCCCAUCUCAGGUAAACACUCCAGCCACUGCCCUUUGUGUCACACCAACUUUUUGCCGGGAGAAGAGGCCUGGAAGGCUCACCUCACGGGUAGGGAGGGCUGCAAACAAAACUCACGCAGGACCGCGGUGUCCCAGAGAACCCAGCCAGCACAAGGUACGUCUGUUGCUAGCACAAAGGUCACACACACGUGGUCGGCGGGCACUCGAGGUAGAGCCAAGCCUUUGGGAAGAGGCAGUCACAUCCCACCUCUGGCACCCCUCGCUCGAGGACAUACACCAGGGAAGCGGUGAUUGUUGAAGAAGAGACUUCACUUUGUCACUAUGGAGGAUCAACAGUAAACACCAACCAUGUGUCAGUAUUCCUGCCACCCUACAAUACAGAUGCCAUGGUCUUUCGUAAAAGAGAUUCUAAGCCAUGUGAUUUGAAUACGUAUCAGUUCCUCUCAUUUGGGAUUAUAAUAAGUUUAGCUUUGCAACUUUUACUCAAUUCAAAUUGGUAAUGUACCUAAAUGUGGAUCGGACUUCCUCGCUGUUGCUCUCGUGAGAACGUAAUGCUGAAUUUAACACAAAAUAAUUCAUACCCUGGCCGAAUUUUGAGUUUUUAUUUGUUUAAAAUGUAUCUUUUAGGUGGUACUGACACAAGGACCUGGCAAAAUACUAAGAAGCUCUGUUAGAUUACAAUAUUCAUAUCGCUGAUUUUAUCCAACAGCUUUGCAGAAACAAUGUUUUGCCCCAUUCUAACAUGAUCUUGAUAACUUCUACCAUAAAAUAGGGCGCUCCAGUAAACUAAAGAAAAAAUAGGCCUGUAUUAAUAAAGGUUAUGAUAACUUGGUAACAUUUACCUUUUUUGUCAGCAUUUUUAAUUUAUACAAUUAUAAAUAUAUUUGCCCAAUUUCUUUUUUUCCCAACUUUUUUUUUUUAUCGUUUCCAGCCCGCAGGUACCCAUUUAGCAAUUGAAAGAUUGACUCUAACUUAUCAUAUGACCAAGGUCUGAAUCGUUUUGGCCAACAAAAUAUAUUUGUUUCUAAUCAGACUGCACAGCACUGUCUGUGCUGUGGACGAUGCAAAAUCUCCGUAAUCAAUGAGGUGUAUGCAAAGUAUUUAUUUAUUUUUUUGUAUACCACACCCAUGUAAGAUGAAAACAAGAAAAAGAGUGAUGAGAGCAGUAGGGAAGAUUAAAAUAUAUGUAGGAAAAAAAGAGUAAGUUGCGAGCUAUACCUAAUAAGCAGAAGACUAGAUUCAAGACAGAUAGAGAGUUGAGUGCGUUACGCUGCUGAAGUGUCCGGCAUAUGGCAAAUAGAACCAUUCGUGUCCGAGAUAACCCCUGAUGACAUCACCGCGGGUUAUUUUGUCAGAUCUGACAGCUCUCCCAAGAGAGACAUGCUAUCAUACAGCUGUUGAUAUAUGUCCGGUGGCGUUCCAUAGUCAGUGACUGUUGUCUUGCCAGAUGAGAUGCGCACUUUAGCAACUCUGCACCAUUGCUAAAGCUUUCGGUAGUGCGAAUGUAAAGGUUAUUUGACUUUCCGUAGGUGUGUGUAUGUAAGUAUGUAAUCAUGGUCAUGUACGUUUUUGGACUAUGUACGUCAUCAGUGACAAUGACAACUUUUUUUUUUCCUGCAAAAAAGUACCAGCAUUUCAUGAAAUAAAUAUAACAAUGGUUUUGAUGUUAUUACCAAAUAGGUUUUCUUUAUUCAUCAAUCAAACUAGUCGCUUUUAACAGAGAUGAACAGAGACCUUUAGUUUUUAUUUACACUGUAAUAAAACAAAUAAAAACAAAA